CAUUUGUGUUUUUUAUAUGACUAGCCGUUAGACAUUAACUUCAAGGCAUCUACUAGCCAGGACUCCAGCAAGCAUGAGUGAGGUCAAGCAGGAAGAUAGCGCUGGAGAGAUUUCUGCUGGAGAGAAAAGAGCCGAGCGAAUGAAGAAACUAAAAGAGUUGCACCUGAGAAGGAAUGAAGCAAGGAAAAUAAAUCACCAGGAAGUUGUGGAAGAAGACAGAAAAAAGAAGUUGCCAGCCAACUUUGAAACGAAGCGCAAGUGGGCUGAACGGAGUCUAGAGGAGGAGAGGAAGAGAGGGGAAGCCGUGACCCAGGGCGAGGACUACGACCGCGUGAAGCUUCUAACCGUGCAGGCGGACGAAGCGGAGCGCUGGGAGAGGCACGACAAACGCAAGAAGAACCCUGACCAGGGCUUCUCGGAUUACGAAACCGCGACAAAGCGGCAGUACGACCGGCUCGUGCGAGGCAUUAAGGUGGACGAUGCCGAGGUUGCUCGCCAGAAGGAGCAGCUUGGCGACGAUUUCUACGCGCCGCCGAGCGCGUCGCUGAUUCACGGAACCCACAAACCGACGGAGCAGGCAAUCGAGAGAAUGUCGGAGGAUAUCGAGAAACAGAUUGAGAAGCGGAACAAGUACAGCCGGAGGCGCGCGUAUGACGACGAUGCUGACAUUGAUUAUAUCAACGAGAGAAACGCCAAGUUCAACAAGAAACUGGAGCGAUUCUACGGACAAUACACCGCGGAAACGAAGCAAAACCUAGAGAGAGGAACGGCCGUGUAGCCUGCUGGCAGUCUAAUCUUAAGCUAGCAGCACACUACACCAUUUUCGUUGCUCGUACAGGCAAUUUUUGUGGUCGUCAAUUUUUGUGGCCGUUGC